AUGACAAGGGUGACUCGUGAUUUUGGUGAUACAAUGCAAAAAGAGGCCGUGCCUGCGGUGUCUUCUGAUGUUAUGUUUGCUUCUAGUCGGUUUCCUGAUUAUAGAAUUGGAGCUAACAAUCAGAUAAUGGAGACAAAGGAUGAUCCCAAAGUGCUGUCUAUGAAGGAAGUUGUUGCACGGGAGACUGCCCAGCUGUUGGAGCAGCAUAAUCGUCUCUCGGUUCGUGAUCUUGCCAGUAAAUUCGAGAAGGGUUUGGCCGCCGCGGCUAAAUUGUCUGAAGAGGCUAGACUUAGAGAGGCUGCAUCUUUGGAAAAACAUGUUCUUUUGAAGAAACUUAGAGAUGCGCUUGAAUCCUUAAAAGGGCGUGUGGCAGGCAGAAACAAGGAUGAUGUGGAAGAAGCUAUUGCUAUGGUUGAAGCUCUAGCGGUUCAGUUGACUCAGAGGGAAGGAGAACUAAUACAAGAGAAGGCAGAGGUGAAGAAGCUUGCAAAUUUUCUUAAGCAGGCUUCUGAAGAUGCUAAGAAACUUGUUGAUGAGGAAAGAGCUUUUGCUCGUGCUGAAAUAGAGGAUGCCAGAGCAGCUGUUCAAAGAGUGGAAGAGGCCCUUCAAGAACAUGAGAGAAUGUCUCAAGCCUCUGGGAAACAAGACAUGGAACAAUUAAUGAAAGAGGUUCAAGAGGCUCGAAGAAUCAAAAUGCUGCAUCAACCGAGCAAGGUCAUGGAUAUGGAACACGAACUUCGAGCAUUGAGGGGUCAACUUGCAGAGAAGACUAGACAGUAUCUUCGACUUCAAAAGGAGCUAACUAGGACAAAGAAAGGUGGGGACAAUAUUCCUCAUCUAUAUGAACUUGAAGGGAAUGAAACCUUAGGUUCUUACUUGCAAAUUCAACCUUGCUCUGAUAAUGCCCCUGAAGUUUCUAAAUGUUCAAUUCAGUGGUAUCGUGUGUCAUCUGAUGGAGCCAAAAAAGAAUUGAUCUCAGGAGCAACCAAAUCAGUUUACGCCCCUGAGCCUUUUGAUGUUGGACGCAUAUUGCAAGUUGAUAUUAUUUCAGAAAGUGAGUAUGUCACACUUUCAACUGCUGGUCCAAUAGAUCCAGCUGCUGGUUUGGGAACCUAUGUAGAGGCGCUUGUGCGCAAACAUGACACUGAGUUUAACGUAGUUGUAACCCAAAUGAAUGGUUUACAUCAUCCAACUGAAUCUAUUCAUGUGCUUCAUGUGGGAAAGAUGAGGGUGAAACUCUGCAAAGGAAAGACGACAAUUGGCAAAGAAUACUAUUCAAGUUCAAUGCAGCUUUGUGGAGUUAGAGGAGGUGGAAAUGCGGCAGCGCAGGCACUUUUUUGGCAGCCAAAGCAAGGGCAUUCUUUUGUAUUAGCUUUUGAAUCAGAGCGAGAAAGGAAUGCUGCCAUCAUGCUUGCAAGAAGAUUUGCAUUUGACUGUAAUAUCAUGCUUGCUGGACCAGAUGACAGAGCUCCUCUAGGGACAUGA